AUGUACGUGAGCUAUCUGUUGGAUAAAGACACCAGCAUGUAUCCGGGAUCCGCAAGGUGCACCAGCAACAGCCUGCCCGUGCAGAACUUCGUGUCUGCUCCAGCCUACUCCGACUACAUGGGAUACCACCCCGUGCCAGCCCUGGACAGCCACGGGCAGCCGGCGCCCGCCUGGGGCUCCCACUACGGCCCCCAGCGCGAGGACUGGAGCGCCUACGGCCCAGGCCCUUCCAGCGCCGCGCCCGCUGCCCACAUCAAUGGCUCAUCCCCUGGCCAGGGCUCCUACAGCUCUGCUGAUUACAGCUCCCUGCACCCCGCUGCUGCUGCUGCGCCCUUACCUCCUGUAGAUACAAUUAAUGCCCAGCAAAUCUCUCCCAACAGCCAAAGGCACAGCUCCUAUGAGUGGAUGAGGAAAACGGUGCAAUCCACGUCCACAGGUAAAACAAGAACGAGAGAGAAGUACCGAGUGGUUUACACAGAUCAUCAAAGAUUAGAAUUAGAGAAGGAGUUUCAUUACAACAGAUACAUUACAAUCAGGAGGAAGUCUGAACUUGCUGCAAACCUAAGACUUUCCGAGAGACAGGUGAAAAUCUGGUUCCAGAAUCGCCGAGCCAAAGAGAGAAAAUUAAUGAAGAAGAAACUGACUCACUUUGACGGUAGCAGCCUGGGCUCUCUGCAGAGUGACUCCGGCUCGGUGAGCCCGAUGCCGGGCCCUGAGGCACAGCCCCACUCCGACAUGGCCGCUUCCCUCUUCCCAGCGCCGCCGCCGCCCGCCGCCCUGCCCAUGGGCGGCUUGCAGCACGGAGGGACCCUGCAGCAGGUGGUGGCCUCGCAGUGA